UGUGAACGAUCCCUCUUUCUGUCAUGACAUGCGUGCACGCAGCCAUCGCCGAUUUGAAGUGGCAUAAACCGCAUCCAAGAAGAAAAGUCAAACGCCAUCCAAGCCGUCUCGUCGCAGGUACGCGUUUCGUUCAGAAAUCCUUCCUAAAAGUCGAAAAAAGGCUCGCAAAUCCGGCCAAUUCCCGUUCGUCCGUGUUCCCUCCGUUACACGCUAGCCUCCAGGACCAAAAAAACAACGAUGAGCGUGAUGUUAUUUGCCUGCUCCAAGUGCUUUUCACGGCACCCGUUCGAGGAACUAUCUCCCGGCCAGCAGCUUUGCAAGGACUGUCGCGGGUCGUUCCCGAUCGUAAAGUGCACCUACUGCCGGACCGAGUUCCAGCAGACCAGCAAAGGAAGCACUUCGGCGAUCUGCAAAAAAUGCGACCAGAAUGUCAAGCAGUACGGCAAACCGUCCGCCUGCGAGCUCUGCAACAUCAUUGCCGCGUUCAUCGGCUCCAAAUGCCAAAGGUCGACGGCAAGCUGCUAUGCUGGCUGUGUACGCUCUCGUACAAGCGUGCCCUGACGAAGGCGCGCCAGGCGGAAAGCGACCGCCGCCGGGCCAAGAAACGUGGCGCCGAGGGUGGCGGACCGCCCUCGUCGAUGUCGUCCAACUCGUCGUCGGCGUUCCCGACCCCGAUCAACACCCGAAACACCGUCCCGUUGGGGCUGAGCAGCGGCAAUACGUCGGCGCGCGUUGACCGGGACCGCGGGAGCGCAUCGGACAAGCGGGACAACAGCAACAGCGGAUCGAGCGGGAGUCGCGGUGGCGGAGGGGGAGGCGGCAACGAUGGCCUCUCGAGUCUUCCGCCGUUGGCGGAUCUUGGUGGCAUGGGACUCGGACCGAUGGAGAUGCCCGAGAGCAGCAGCGUUCCGUCGUCGGUUGGCGGUGGCGGCGGCGGCUCGUCGGACCGGGUCGACGGUGGGAGGAACGACAACGGGCGCCACUCGAAGAAGCCCCGCACGGAUAUGAAGGGCGGAGUUCCGGAGCUGCCGGAAAAGCUGGUCAAGAGUUCCAACUCCGGGUACGUCGAUCCGCACAGCUCGGACCACGUGAUUGCGAUGACCCAGCUGAAGGAGACGAUCGCGACGCUGACGCGCAAGAUCAAGCAGAAAGAUAGUAUUAUUCUGGAGAAGGAAAAGGAGAUAAGCGCCUGGAAGGGGAAACAUUUAUACUUGGAGCAAGAAUUGAUGAAAAAAUACAAAGAUAUGGAAAAGAAUUACGAGUUUAAGGUGGACGUGCUGAACAAGAAGCUCAAGUCGCAACUGCAGGAAAUUGCUCAGUUAUCGAAGGCGGCAAAGGACACGGCGGAGAAGAAGAAGAAACCGGCCAUGUUCUUGGCCACGACCAAGCUGCACAAGCUCAAGGCCGACAGCGGCAGCAAGGAAAAGUCGAGCGAGAAGAGCGGCGGCCGCAUCCGCAUCGAAGACGACGACGACGACGUGGACGACAAAGAGGACAAGAGCAACGACAGCGACAAGGCCUCGGAGAAGGGGUCCGCUUCCGGUUCCGGACGCAACACACCGAAGGAGCAACCCGAGGGCAAGGAAAGCCCGCGAGACGUCGACUCGGGCAAGGAAAGCCCCCGCGAUUCGGACAAGGAGGACGAAAAGGAAGAGGACGAGCGUGAAAAGUCACCGAAGAAGGAAAGCGACUCGGAGAAGGAAAAAGACGACGAGCAGAGCAAAAGCAACGGAUCGGCCAAGGACGGCGAAGACGAAGAGUCCGACAAAGAGGAAGAGGAGGAAAAGAAGGACGACGAAGAGGAGAAGAAAAACGAAGAAGAAGAAAAGGAAGACCGUCGCAGCUCGGAGCCUGGAUCUCCGCGUCGCAGUUCGGAACCAGGUUCGCCGCGUCGCAGCUCAGAGCCGGGCUCGCCACGUCGUAGCUCGGAACGUGGUUCGGACAAGGAGGAAAGCGACAACGAGUCCGACGAUCGAUCCGCCAAGGGCAGCGAGUCCGACGGAGACGAUCGGUCCGCCAAAGGCAGCGACAAGGACAGCGGCUCGGACAGUGGCUCCGACUCGGACUAAAGGCGCCACCCAGCACCCAAGUUUUAUCAUAUGCGGACAAACAAAAAUAGUGUUAUCCAAGAUUGUACUCUUAAGCAUCAUUUAGCGUGUAAGAUGAUUAGGUUUCUCCUUUCCUUACCUCCCACACUUCCCCGUUGUUCAUUUCUGUUCCUCCUGAAAACCAGUCGUUCUCCGCAACGAUUUUUUGAACAUGGUUUCCCCUUUAGUUUUACGUAGCACUUUUUUUCCAAUUCUCACCGGCAAGCGAAAUUUUUGUAACGUAGAAUGUAUCAAUGUGUACCACCCAUAAGCAAAAUGCUGGCUUUUCAACGAACAUGCAUGUUGGCAAACUCCCUCAACCAUCAACUGGGAACAUCAUUUUAGACAGAUCUAUAGAUUAGGCGCAACGCGAUUGAAUUGUAAGUUAAUUUUCCUCCAAACUGUUGUAAUUUAUAGUUUAUUUUAAAGAACCAGAAUGUAAAACGAUAAUCCACAAGCAAAUUGUAACAAGAUAUGUGAAUGGGAAACUAAAUAAAAGAUAAAAAAUUGAAA